GGAAAAAUGAUUCAGUGACAUAAAUGAGUCUCUUUAAAUCCGCGACCAAUCAGUGAAAUGGGCUCGAAAUUUGAAAGGUGGAGCCUCAUUGACCUGCUGCUCACCGCCUCUCUCUCUCUGAGCGGAAACUGAUCAAACACGCUACUCGUGGGUCCACCGAGUGUUGAAGGCCGGCUGAAGAUAAUGGAGGGCGCACAGGUAAACGUCAGCGGCCGCAUGGACCGGGUCUAUACGCCCAGGAAAGACCGGCAUCCAAACGGCACCAAGGCCACCGUUCUUCUACACAGAAAAGACCAGAGCUGGUCCAAGGACUCGAUUAAAGAGCCAAAGAGGGAACCGUCAGCCUGGUGCGAGACCCCAAAGUUGAUCAGAAAGGACGCUCCGCUCCGCAGGCGUCUGCUCGUGUCCCGCUCCUCAUCUGAGGGGACACCUGGUGAAAUCGCUAAAGAUCACCUGACCCACGAGAGCUUCGACUCUCCGGACAUCAGCCCGACCGGGCCUUUGUCUUACAGCACUUUAAACGCAGACGACUUUGUUUUCUCCUGUCGGAAGCGCCGUCUUCUGUUCGCCCAAGCCAUUACGUCAACUCUGGAGACGGGCAGGAAUGGCGUCCAUGUGAGCCCCGCUGACGCCCUCGCUGAACCCGAUCUCGACGAAAGCAUCAUAGCUGGUCUUCCUAGCUCACCGCAAACUAAUGACUUGAACUUCCAGUCGCCCGUGAGAGCGGGAAAGCUCAUCCUGGACACGCCGUCGCUCACGCCCGCACUGGAGGACAGCGGCUUCAGCUCUCUCGGUCUGGAUAAAUCACACGACUCCUCCGUGGAUCAUGACGGGUCUUUCCAGGAGCUGGUGCUGCCGACGGGCUCGUGCGGCCGAGACAAGAGACGCUCGCGGCUAGAGAGACAGCGGAGACUGUCCACGCUCCGAGAGGGAGGCUCGCAGUCAGAGGACGGGCCCAGAGAGCUGCGGACGAGCGGCGAACCGCACAAAGACGAGGUGUUUUUAGACGGGACCCCGCUGAGCGCCGCCACGCUGAAGAUGCAGGAUCUGUCUCUGACGCCAGCGCUGCAGGCCGUACACGCCAUCAGCCGCCGCGGCACUCGUGACCUGCAGCAGCAGACCAGUCUGGAGGAGCUGCUGCGUGACGGACCCAUCAGAACCAGACUGCCUCUGUCAGGACUUAUCGGCCGCAAAAUGGGUCUGGACAAGGUGGACGUGAUCUCAGAACUGAGGAUGAGGAACCUGAGACACGUGCUAGCUGUUAUCUUGAGUCUUCUGUCUGCAGCUGACAUCUACAGGUUUGGCCAGGUGUCUGAUGACUGGAACGACGUUAUCACAGAAGACAAGAAAGCCACUCAAAGGAGAAGAAGCCACAUCAGAGAGCUCAAGAUCGCACUGGAGGGUGGUAAACCGGCCCAUGUUCCAGAUGCGGACACAAGGGCGGCGCUGGCGUGUAGAUCCGCUCUGGGCAGCGUACAGGCUCAGGCCAGAACACCCCACACACACCCGCCCUGCACUCCGACCCACGGCUCCGGCCGCCACUGCAGCUCCAAACGCAUGCAGUUCCUGCAGGUGGCUGAAACCCUGUUCAGCGAUGAAUACUUGAAGCCGUGUCCGCGCUGUCAGCAUCCGGCGCGCUGUCACUCGCUGCGGGGCGAAGGUCUGUGCAGCUGGAGCGACUGCCGCUUCCGCUUCUGCACCUCGUGUUUGUGCGGCUUCCACGGAUCCAAAGACUGCGCGCACCUGUCUGCCAAACGCAGGAGCAAGAGAGACGUGCUGCCGGGCAGCGCACAGAGCAAACGCAACGUGAGGCGUCUCUGAGAGUGUGUGUGUGUGUGUGUGUGUGUGUGUGUGUGUCUUGCACUCCUGUAUGUGUGCGUUUGUUUUUAAUUAUGAACUUCUCAUGAGUUUUGCACUUAUGUACAGCGGUCGUUUCGGUCCUGUGUAUCUGCAUGUAUGUACAUAUUGCUCUUUACAUGCUUGUUUUUAUACAUUGUUUUAAAUAAAGCCCAUUUUUUUUUUACCUAAAAA